AUGUCAGGCCAUCCAGGAGGAGGCCACUACGAUGAUGGCUACGGCCAUCAUGGCCAUGGUGAUUCGUACUACCAGGACGAACAUGGCCAGGGCUAUUAUGACACCAACGAUUAUGGUGAUGGCUACUACGAUAGAGGUGGCUACUACGCGGAUCAAAAUGGGUAUCACCCUGAUGCCGGGUACUAUGAUGCCGGUCACCACGAUGACUACUAUGGCGAGCAGUAUUAUGAUCAGGGAAACGGUCAAGGAGGUAGGGGAAGGCGCAGAGGCGAUUCAGAGGAUGACUCGGAGACGUUUAGUGAUUUCACCAUGAGAUCUGAAACUGCACGCGCAGCAGACAUGGAUUAUUAUGGCCGUGGGGAUGAACGUUACAACAGCUACGCUGACAGCCAAUAUGGUCGCGGAUACGGCGGCUACCGCCCCCCCUCAUCUCAGAUCUCUUACGGUGCUAAUCGGUCAUCCGGUGCCUCAACCCCAGUGUAUGGUAUGGACUACGGAAACGCUUUACCGGCUGGGCAACGAUCGCGAGAGCCGUACCCAGCGUGGGCGUCAGAUGGUCAGAUUCCAGUCUCUAAGGAAGAAGUCGAAGAUAUUUUCAUCGACUUGGUGAACAAAUUCGGUUUCCAACGGGACAGCAUGCGCAAUAUGUACGAUCACCUUAUGACACAAUUAGAUUCGCGUGCUUCCCGUAUGACGCCAAACCAGGCCUUACUGUCGUUACACGCUGACUACAUUGGCGGUGACAAUGCAAACUACCGACGCUGGUACUUUGCAGCGCAUCUGGAUCUCGACGAUGCUGUUGGAUUUGCGAAUAUGAAAUUGGGUAAGGUAGAUAGGAAAACGAGGAAAGCUCGCAAGGCGGCCAAGAAGGCAGCAGAGCAGAAUCCCGAAAACGUCGAGGAAACCUUGGAAGCACUUCAGGGCGACAACAGCCUGGAAGCUGCCGAGUACAGAUGGAAGACAAGGAUGAACCGGAUGUCUCAGCAUGACAGAGUACGCCAAUUGGCGCUGUUCUUGUUGUGUUGGGGUGAGGCUAACCAAGUCCGGUUUCUUCCUGAAUGUCUCUGCUUCAUCUUCAAGUGCGCCGAUGACUAUUACCAGUCGCCAGAAUGCCAGAACCGGGUGGAGCCCGUUGAAGAAGGUACAUAUCUGAACGAUGUGAUUACACCACUCUACCAAUUCUGUCGUGAUCAAGGCUACGAAAUCGUCGACGGGAGGUACGUUCGCCGCGAGCGCGACCACAACCAGAUUAUUGGAUACGAUGACAUGAAUCAACUGUUCUGGUACCCAGAGGGUAUUGAACGCAUUGCGUUAGAGGACAAGACACGACUUGUUGAUGUACCAGCCGCUGAGAGAUGGUCGAAACUAAAGGAGGUUAACUGGAAGAAAGCCUUCUUCAAGACUUACCGGGAGACUCGCUCCUGGUUCCAUAUGAUCACCAACUUCAACCGUAUUUGGGUCAUCCACUUGGGCUCCUUUUGGUUCUUCACUGCUUACAAUGCACCCACUUUGUAUACCAAGAAUUACCAGCAGCAACUGAACAACCCGCCUCCUGGCGCGAAAGCUUGGUCGGCUGUUGGCUUUGGUGGUGCUCUUUGUGCAUUCAUCCAAAUUCUGGCCACGCUGGCAGAAUGGUUAUAUGUUCCUCGGCGUUGGGCUGGUGCUCAGCAUCUCAGCAAGCGCCUGAUGUUUCUGUUUCUGGUCUUCAUCAUAAAUCUGGCUCCCGGUGUUGUUGUCUUUGGAUUCUACGACAAGUUGAACAACAACACUGUUUGCCUUGUGAUUGGUAUUGUCCAUUUCUUCAUUGCUCUUGCAACGUUUUUCUUCUUUGCCGUUAUGCCUCUCGGUGGCCUCUUCGGUAGUUAUUUGAAGAAACACGGCCGUCAAUACGUUGCGAGUCAGACUUUCACAGCCAGCUUCCCACGCUUGUCAGGAAAUGAUAUGUGGAUGUCUUAUGGUCUCUGGGUUUGCGUUUUUGGUGCCAAGCUGGCAGAGUCGUACUUUUUCCUGACUCUGUCCUUCAAAGACCCUAUUCGGAUCCUGUCACCGAUGAAGAUUAGACGGUGCGCGGGUGUGAAAUUUAUUCCAAACGCGUUGUGCCACGCCCAGCCUCAGAUUCUCCUGGGCCUGAUGUUCUUCAUGGACUUGACAUUGUUCUUCCUCGACAGCUAUCUGUGGUAUAUUAUUUGCAACACUGUCUUCUCCGUUGCUAGAUCAUUCUACCUUGGUGUGUCGAUCUGGUCACCGUGGAGGAAUAUUUUCUCUCGCCUCCCGAAGCGUAUUUACUCCAAGGUGCUUGCUACUACAGAUAUGGAAAUCAAGUACAAGCCGAAAGUCCUGAUCUCUCAAGUGUGGAACGCUAUUAUAAUUUCCAUGUAUAGAGAACAUUUGCUGGCUAUCGACCAUGUUCAAAAGUUGCUCUACCACCAGGUACCAUCUGAGCAAGAAGGCAAGCGGACUUUGCGCGCCCCAACAUUUUUUGUUUCCCAAGAGGAUCAAUCAUUCAAAACCGAGUUUUUCCCCGCUGGCAGUGAAGCUGAACGUCGCAUCUCUUUCUUUGCCCAGUCUCUCUCGACACCCAUGCCUGAACCUCUCCCGGUCGACAAUAUGCCCUCGUUCACUGUGCUCAUUCCGCACUACAGCGAAAAGAUCCUUCUGUCGCUCCGCGAGAUUAUCCGUGAAGAUGAGCCUUACUCUCGUGUGACAAUUCUUGAAUACCUCAAGCAGCUUCACCCACAUGAAUGGGACUGCUUUGUCAAGGAUACCAAGAUUCUUGCGGAUGAAACUUCUCAAUUCAAUGGUGAAUACGAGAAAAGUGAUAAGGAUGUUGCAAAGAGCAAGGUCGAUGACUUGCCUUUCUACUGUAUUGGAUUCAAGUCAGCUGCGCCGGAAUAUACCCUUCGCACACGUAUCUGGUCAUCCUUGCGCUCGCAGACUCUGUAUAGAACCGUUUCUGGAUUCAUGAAUUACAGCCGGGCCAUUAAACUCCUCUACCGCGUUGAGAAUCCCGAGGUUGUGCAAAUGUUUGGUGGUAACUCGGAAAAACUUGAACGGGAACUUGAGCGAAUGGCACGUCGCAAGUUCAAGAUCUGCGUUUCAAUGCAGCGUUACGCCAAGUUCAACAAGGAAGAGCGUGAAAACACCGAGUUCCUUCUGCGUGCAUACCCUGACCUCCAGGUUGCCUAUCUCGACGAAGAGCCUCCUGUAAACGAAGGGGAAGAGCCACGGUUGUACUCAGCCCUGAUCGAUGGGCAUUGCGAGCUUCUCGAUAACGGCAUGCGCAAGCCCAAAUUUAGGAUUCAGCUCUCUGGAAAUCCUAUUUUGGGCGAUGGCAAGUCCGACAACCAGAAUCAUGCGAUCAUCUUCUAUCGUGGCGAAUACAUUCAAGUUAUCGACGCUAACCAAGACAAUUAUCUCGAAGAAUGCUUGAAGAUCCGAAGUGUUCUUGCCGAGUUUGAGGAGUUGACAACUGACAACGUUUCCCCGUACACUCCUGGCAUCCCCUCAGCCAACACAAACCCGGUUGCUAUUCUUGGUGCUCGCGAGUACAUUUUCUCAGAGAAUGUAGGUGUCCUUGGUGAUGUUGCGGCCAGUAAGGAACAAACAUUUGGUACUCUCUUUGCUCGGACACUCGCCCAAAUUGGUGGAAAGCUACACUACGGUCAUCCUGACUUCCUCAAUGGCAUUUUCAUGUGUACCAGAGGUGGUAUCUCGAAAGCUCAGAAGGGUCUUCACUUGAACGAGGAUAUCUAUGCCGGUAUGAAUGCAAUGGUCCGUGGUGGACGCAUUAAACACUGCGAGUACUUCCAGUGUGGUAAGGGUCGUGAUCUUGGAUUUGGCUCUAUCUUGAACUUCACCACAAAGAUUGGUACCGGUAUGGGUGAGCAAAUGUUGUCAAGAGAAUAUUAUUACCUUGGCACCCAGCUGCCUCUUGACCGGUUCUUGUCUUUCUACUACGCGCAUCCUGGCUUCCAUCUUAAUAAUAUGUUUAUCAUGCUCUCCGUCCAGAUGUUUAUGAUCGUUCUCGUCAACUUGGGCGCACUGAAGCAUGAGACAAUCACCUGCCGUUAUAAUCCCGAUGUUCCGAUUACUGACCCCCUUCGUCCGACAUUCUGUGCCAAUCUCACGCCAAUUGUCGAUUGGGUUAAUCGCUGCGUUAUCUCUAUUUUCAUUGUCUUCUUCAUUUCGUUCGUUCCUCUGGCUGUGCAGGAACUGACGGAGCGAGGUGUGUGGCGUAUGGCGAUGCGUUUGGCGAAGCAUUUUGGUUCUUUCUCAUUCAUGUUCGAGGUGUUUGUCUGCCAGAUUUAUGCCAAUGCUGUACACCAGAACUUGUCCUUCGGUGGUGCUCGCUACAUCGGUACUGGACGUGGCUUCGCCACGGCCCGCAUUCCGUUUGGUGUGCUAUAUUCGCGAUUUGCAGGCCCCUCGAUAUAUGCCGGUGCGCGGUCACUGCUUAUGCUUCUGUUCUCGACAUCCACCGUCUGGACAGCUUCCCUUAUUUGGUUCUGGGUGUCGCUGCUCGCUCUCUGUAUCUCGCCAUUCCUCUUCAACCCUCACCAGUUCGCAUGGAAUGACUUCUUCAUCGACUACCGCGACUAUCUGCGUUGGCUCUCCCGUGGCAAUUCACGUUCCCAUACGUCUUCCUGGAUCGCCUUCUGCCGCCUGUCUCGUACCCGCAUUACAGGUUACAAACGCAAGCUUCUAGGCGUCCCAUCGGAGAAGGGCUCCGGUGAUGUUCCUAGGGCUCGUAUCACCAAUAUCUUCUUCAGUGAGAUUAUUGCGCCUUUGGUUAAUGUUGCAGUUACACUAGUUCCAUUCCUUUACAUCAAUUCCAGAACUGGUGUAUCGGAUGACAACAAAGAGAGUUCUAAUGCUCUUGUUCGUAUUGCAGUCGCUGCCUUUGGGCCCAUUGCUAUCAAUGCCGGUGUUGCUAUGGUAUUUUUUGCUAUGGCUUGCUGUAUGGGUCCAGUCCUCAGCAUGUGCUGCAAGAAAUUCGGUGCUGUCCUUGCUGCUAUCGCACAUGCCAUUGCAGUGAUUGUGCUUCUUAUCAUCUUUGAGGUCUUGUUCUUCCUCGAGGGGUGGUCCUGGCCUCGAUGUGUGAUGGGUUUGAUUGCAAUGGCUGCCAUCCAGCGUUUUGUCUAUAAGCUUAUUAUUGCUCUGGCCUUGACCCGUGAAUUCAAACAUGAUCAAUCCAAUAUCGCAUGGUGGACCGGAAAGUGGUACAGUAUGGGUUGGCAUUCAGUUUCUCAGCCUGGCCGUGAGUUCCUGUGCAAGAUUACAGAACUGGGUUACUUUGCUGGGGACUUCGUUUUGGGCCAUCUCAUCUUGUUCAUUAUGCUGCCGGCCCUAUGCGUUCCAUACAUCGACAAAUUCCAUUCAGUCAUCCUUUUCUGGUUGCGACCAAGUCGUCAAAUCCGCCCUCCCAUUUACUCGAUGAAACAGUCCAAGCUCCGGAAGAGGCGAGUGAUCCGGUUCGCUAUCUUGUAUUUUGCGAUGCUCUUCUUGUUCCUGGUUCUCCUCAUCGCACCGCUCGUUGUCCGUAAAAUGGACAUCGGCGACUUUAAUAAUAUCCCCCAGGGUCUCCUUCAGCCCCUUGACAGCAGCAACAACGACACUACGGACAAAUACACUGGCGCAGGUCUCCCCCAUGGCUUUAGUCGGUGGUAUCCUUCUGGAACUCCAACUGACGCUGCCGCCGGCACUGAAACAUCGACCUAG